CUUGUUAAGAGAACUGCAAAACGGCCGGGUAAUGGUAAAUUGGCUAUUUUUUUUCCAAGUUAGCUUGAAGUUUCUGUGAGUUGAUUUAUACUAAUAACAAGAAAACGUAACAAUGUGAUAACUUUUUAUCAAUGCGUUGUUCACCUUGUUUGAAUUUGUUUGUGCCUUUGAAAAACAGAAUACUAUCGCCCCAAAAAUCACUGUUCAACAAUUACGAAAGACAGUGCAUCCUUUGGACAGAAUUUAAAAACUCUAAUGCAAAACAACUUUAAAAAAAAAUACCAUUCAAAUUUCGCGCCGGCAACCAUUGCGCAGGAGUACUGAUGCAGAACAACUCUCUCAAUCAAGACUUCCGGUACAGACUGCAUAGGUACGCUGCAGAGCUGAGAUCCACGACGUCCAUUGCGCGACACAUUACGGCUAGACAGUCCGUGUGUGGUAUACGUCGUAUGACAUUCUGCGUUGUAAUCGCGCUGUGAUGCUUAUACCGGACUUUCUCCGGUAAUUUGAUACCGUGUCGUAAUUAAAUUAACGUCAUAACGAACAUACGUGUCGCGGGUGAGACAUUAAAAGAGAGUGUGUAGAAUAUUGACUGUGAUUGUGCGUGAGUGAGCAUCUCUCUACGCAAGGAGGCAGCUAAGUAUAGCUCGUUGUGUGCAAAAAUUAUAGUCGAAGAUGGCCGACGUAGAGGGAAAAAAGUUAACCGAGCUCAGGGUUAUAGAUUUAAAGACCGAGCUGGAGAGACGGGGUCUGGACAAGACCGGUAACAAGGCUUCGCUGCUGGACAGACUGGCAAAGGCACUGAUAGCAGAAGGUCAAAAUCCAGGUGAAACGUUAAUCAUUCCUUCAGGUGGUUCAUGCAGAACUGCUCCUAAAAAGCCAAUUGACAAUUCAAGUAUGAUCGAAGAUGCUUUAGAAACUGAAAUUCAAAAAGAAGAAUUUACCACAGAUUUUAGUGAUCAAGAAACUAAAAACACUAAUGACACUAAAGACGUUAAAGACACUAUAGACACUAUAGACACUAAAGACACUAAAGACACUAAAGACAAUGAAGACAAUGAAGACAAUAAAGACAAUAAAGACACGAAAGACAGUGAAGAUACUAAAGACAUUAAUGACACUAAAGAUAAGUCUACUUCGGAUGCUGAACUGGCUGAAACUACAAUGGAAGAAUUAGAGAUUUCUACUCAGGCUGAAGAAUUAGAAAUGGAAUGUGAGGAUAUUAAAGAAGAAGAGCCACAAGAGCCUGAACCAGAAUCACAACCAAAAUCAGAACCCAAAGAAGAAGUAGAAGAACCUGAACCCAAACCUGAAGCAGAACCAACUACUGUUAAUACAAGUGAAGAAGCAACUGUUGAAACCAAACCACCAUUUGUUCCUUCAGAAGAGUCCAGUAACAUCUCUGCUAUAGAAGCAAAUGGCAUUGAUAACGAAGAUUCUAUUAACUUGAUGAUCGAAGAAGAUGACAAAAGUCUUUUUGUUGAGGAGACAGAGUCAUGCGACCGGGUCAAAGCAGAUGGAGGUGACAACAAGAAGAGAUCGGAAGUAAGCAACGACAGCGUGACUAGCAACUCCAGCAACGCCAGCAACAAGAAGGGAGACUCUAAAGGGAGCGGCAGAGCGGAGAGCGGUGUCAGCAGCAAGGAAACCAGCGGAGGCAGCAACACAUCAUCUUCGGGAGCAAACACAGCCGCCGGCAACAAGAGCAAGCAGGAUGGAGAUGGAUCCAAGAGUGGCGAUCUUAGUGGCAAAGGCCUUAAACGGGAUGACAAAGACAAGAGUCUUGCUCUGGCUUCAACUGCUAGCAGCAGAAACCUCUGGGUAUCCGGACUCUCCUCGACAACUCGUGCCACCGACUUGAAGCAAAUCUUCUCCCGAUACGGAAAAGUGAUUGGAGCUAAAGUGGUCACAAAUGCAAGAACACCCGGAUCCAGAUGCUAUGGAUACGUCACUAUGUCUUCGAGCGACGAUGCGGAAAAAUGUAUUCAGAAUCUGAACAGAACGGAAUUGCAUGGAAGAGUGAUCUCUGUAGAGAAGGCAAAGGGUGACUCCCAGCAAAGUCACAACCGCAAGCGUGAAGCCCCCGCAAAGGUUGAGAAGAAGGACGAGAAAGAAAAGAAGGAAUCCGACUCCAAUGAGAAAGAAGAAGAAAAGCACGAAGAAGAUCUGAAGAGCGACGCGAUGACUAAGGAGUCUGAAGAUAAGGACAAUGACCUGUCCAACGACAGAGAGAAGCGCGACGUGAGUCAGGAGAACAAGGAUGACGGCUCCCUAAAGGACUGUGAUACGCGCUCGACCAAGUCUAACAGCAAAAAGUCAGACAGAGAAAGAGGCAAUAGCCGCGAGGACAAAAAGAGAUCCUGGGACCGAUCCCGCACCUCGAGAUCCAAGAGCCGAGAGCGUCCCCGUAGAGAUAACGUACUAUCUUUUGCUAAAAUAAAAGAGGAACGCGAAAGGCAGAGGGCUAGGGAAAAGGAGCGACUGCUGCGUGAGGAAAAGCGUCGCAGGCGAGAAGACAUGGAGCGACAGCGCGCUAUCGAGUACGAGGCAGCGAGACUGGAACGUGAGCGCGAGAAACUGCGUUUGGAGCGUGAACGCAUCGAGCAGGAGAAGGCGGAGCUGCUGCGGUUGGAGCGCGAGCGUCAGAAACUCGAGCGGGAGAAACUGGAGCGCGAGAGACAGGAGUUAAAGAGACAGCAGAUGCGCUUGGAGGAGAAUCGCCGAGUACCUCCACCGCCCGCGUUGAAGAGAACGUCUAGCGAUCGUCGGGAUACCAGGGAUGUAUACGCCGAGCCGGAAAGAAAGAGGAUAAACACUGAACACUCGGCCCGCAGACGUAGUCCACCAGAGCGGAUUGCUGACCGCAGGGGUGAUAUUAUGGAACGAGUGUCAGACAGACGUAUAGAGUCAUCAGGAGUACCUUCUAGGUACGAAAGCAGGCCCAAGGAGAUAGGCAUACCGAAACCGUUCCACAAGAGGAACAAUGAUUUCCAGCCUAGAAAUAACAGAGACGAUCAGUAUUCGGAUUCUAGGGGUGGUCGGGAUGUUAUUGUCCGCAGAGAUAAUCGUCCUAAUCAGAAUGCUAUGGAUCAUCGUCCGGGCAAAGAAAGGUAUGAGCGACCAUCCAAUUUCAAUCGUGAUCGAGAAAUCCACAGACCAGAUGACAAUCACAGAGGCUCUAGGGACAACCAUAACCGCUACGACAAUACGAAGCCCAGCAAUCCACAUAUUGAUCGAUUUGCAGACAACAACCGUCCAACUGGCUGGCAUUCAGGACCUCCGUCUAAACCAUUCAACUCAAUGAACAACCGCAAUGAGCAGACGGGGUGGAACAACAGAGGAAAUUCUGACUCAAGGGGUAACUCUCGAUGGAACAACUCCAACAACGUCGGAAACAAUAUGGGUGGCGGGCACCCGCGAUCACAAAUGUAUCAAGGCGGAGGUGGACCAAAUCAGUCAUAUAACAUGUCGCAAGGAAAUAGUGGUUCCUACGAGAGAUUCGAGCCAUACAAAGGGUCUAUGCAGAACAUGAGGAAGUAUUAAAGCUCUUUUAAAAUCUCAGCACAAAGCGAUACUUUGAAGGUUAAGGAUUGACUUUAUGUAUUACGAGUAAAAGUUGAAGUACCUGCAGGUAUUUUUUAAACUUGUGAUGAUUGACGGAAAUUUACGUGGCCGUAUCGAGUACUGGAUAUAAUGAUAAGGAUACACGAUAACUAAUUUUUUUAGUUUGACGAACAUCCACGAAAACUUUGUUACUGCGAGACUUUAUUUUGUAAUUCUACAGUAAGUAGUAAUUCGGAUAUACGAUUUUAAGCUUUUUUUAUAAGUCAUGCUUGAAAUCGUCACCUAUGAAAAAUAUAACAUUCACAUAUUAGUAUGUGAUGAAAAUGUAUAAAGACAGUUAGAAUUCACACUUCAGCUAUGGACAUGUAUGUUAAGGCAUGGCAUCAUUCUCAGGCGAAGAGCGAGUUUUUGCUUGAAUCGCCGCUAACGAUACGUUAAUUAUUAAAUAUUGUACUUGUCAAAGUGCAAAACAGAUACAUUUUAUUCACACCAGAUAAUGUAUACAAUAUUAUUGAUUUUUGAAUUAAUUAUGAUGCUAAGAAGCGAUCUUUAAGUGUAGAAAAACUGCGUAACUAAUAAAUUUCAUUGAAAAAAAGAA